AUGGCUUCAGAUCAAGAUAUAGUCGAAAAAAUUGACCAUGUUAGUUCUUUGUGCACGGAAAGGGUGAUCUUGAAAGCUAUAUUAGGUCGUGGUGACGGUGGUGCGGGAUUGAUUGGUGAAAAAGUAGUCAUAGGAGGGUGGGUUAAGUCAUCCUGGGAGAUCAGGAAAGAAGCAGCACAGCCGCGGCCUGUAUUGGCCGCGGAUGCUGCUUCUCCUGAGGUGGUGGGAGCAAAAGAAAUGAGAUGUAUGGAGAUACUUCAAUCAAGAAUUCCGCUAGUUAGGUAUAUUGUGAAGGUUCUUGGUGGAGGUGAUCAUAGUGUUAGGGAAAAAUUUGUCAUGCAAAAAGCACCAAAGGACUCUACUUCAAUAUUGCAAAUUAGUGAUGGUUCUUGUGUGCAUAAUCUCCGGGUACUUGUGGACUCAGCUUUGGCUACUCCUUGUCAAGUUAUGCCUUGUGGAACAUGUAUAUUAGUUGAAGGGAUAUUACAACAGCCAUUGAUGAAAGGGAAAUAUCAAGUUAUUGAGCUCAAAACAGAGAAAAUUCUACAUUUGGGGACUGUGGACCAAUAUAAAUAUCCAUUAUCAAAAAAAAGAUUGCCUCUGGAAUCCUUAAGAAAUUUUCCCCAUUUUCGACCACGAACAACAACGGUGGCAUCUGUUAUGAGAAUCCAUAAUGCACUUACUUUGGCAACUCAUACUUUUUUCCAAGACCAAGGGUUCCUACAUGUUCAAACACCUAUAAUUACAACCAAUAAUUCAGAAACUCUCAGUAAGAAAUUUCAAGUAACAACUCUUCUCAACAAUGGGAAAAUUGACAACCAAUUAGUUAAUUCUCUUGAAUUCUCUAAAGAUUUUUUUUCACAAGAGACUUAUCUGAUAGAUUGUGGUCAUUUUCAUCUUGAGAGUCAAGCUUGUGCCCUUGGAAAUGUGUAUUCAUUUGGCCCAAGAUUUAAAGCAGAGAAAUCAUCAGAGUCCAAUAAUUUAUUAGCUGAGACAUGGAUGGUGGACGUUGAAAUGGCCUUCUCCGAGUUAGAGGAUGCCAUGGAUUGUGCAGAUGAGUUCUUGAAAUUUGUAUGCAAAAGGAUUUUAGAGAGUUGCACUGAAGACAUCCAAUUUAUCUUGAAAAGGAUUGAUAAAGCUGUUAUGGAUCGCCUUCAAUUGAUCAUAUCAAGUUCAUUUGAAAAAAUUUCUUACGAUGUAGCCAUAGAAGUUUUAACAGAGGCUACUGGGAAUAAAUUUGAAAAGAAGAUCGAGUGGGGAGAUUCUUUGACUGAAGAACAUGAAAGUUAUUUGGUUAAUGAGAUAUACACAAAGCCAGUGAUAAUAUACAACCAUCCAAAAGAAAUUAAGUCAUUUUACGCAAAGUUGAAUGAAGAUGGGAAAACAGUCGCAACAUUUGAUGUGGUUUUACCAAAGGUGGGAACUCUUGUUAGGGGAAGCCAAAGUGAGGAAUGUUUUGACAAAUUAAGAACAAGGAUAGAGGAAUUAGAAUUGCCAAAACAGCAGUAUGAAUGGUUUUUAGAUCUUCGCAAAAAUGGGGCAGCUAAAACUUCUGGUUUCAAUCUAAUGCUUGAACCUUUAGUUCUCUAUGCCACUGGCUUGAAUGAUGUUAAGGAUGUUGUCCCUUUCCCUAGAAGUUUUGGCAGAGCCAAGUUUUAA